UCCCACACCAGACACUGAAUGCAACGUCGAUUCCACUCCGCACCCGCCAAUUCUGUGGCUCCUUGUCUACAGCUCGUGCUUGCUCUUGAUAUUCCUGAGACGGGCUACUUGGUUUUGUGCUUCCCCUACAUUCAGCAGUCAUGCCUGAAAAGAUCCUCGACGACAUCUCGCACCGGCGGUACAACCCACUCCGCGGUAGCUGGAUCCUGGUUUCCCCUCAUCGCACCAAAAGACCAUGGCAAGGACAGCAAGAGAACCCCGGAGUAAUCGACCUCCCAACCUACGACCCGAAAUGCUACCUCUGUCCCGGAAACAAAAGAGCCUCGGGCGACACCAACCCCAGUUACAAGGAUACUUUCGUCUUUGUGAACGACUACAGUGCUGUUAAGGAGGAACAAGAAGACUACGCUCCGCAAGAUGCAGCAGGGAGUCUGUCGAGUCUCCUGCUACAAGCAGAGCCUGUCAAGGGGAAAUGCUACGUGCUGACAUUCAGCUCUGCGCACAACAUCACCCUGGCUGACAUGUCUCCCACCGAGAUCCUGCCUAUCGUUAAGACAUGGACAGAGAUCUACACAGCACAUAUCUCUCCGAAGUCACAGCUCGCUGCGAUCGCAAAGCCGACUCACCUUCCUCCAUCGAACCCACACGCGAACGUCGGCACGCCGAAAGAUCAGUAUCGGUGGAUGCAGAUUUUCGAAAACAAAGGUGCAGCCAUGGGAUGCUCAAAUCCGCAUCCCCACGGGCAAAUUUGGACCACCACAUCACUGCCUGAAGAGCCGGCCAUCGAAUUGGAACAGUUGAGGAAAUACCACCGGGAACAAGGUGGCGCACACAUGCUGGUUGACUAUGCCCGCCUAGAGCGGGAAAAGAAUGAGCGAGUGGUGUUCCAGAACCAGACCUUCCUUAUCGUCUGUCCAUGGUGGGCAACCUGGCCUUUCGAGACCAUGGUGCUUCCGGUCAAGCACUUACGCUCACUGAUCGACCUAGACGAGAACGAACAAGUGGACCUUGCAGAAGCGAUUGCUGAGAUUACCCGUCGGUACGACAAUUUAUUUGAGACAAGCUUUCCAUAUAGCAUGGGCAUACACCAAGCUCCUUUGAAGGGCACCAGCGAGGAGAUCGAUUGCUCCAGUCUGCAUCUUCAUUUCUAUCCUCCGCUGUUACGAAGUGCGACUGUUCGAAAAUUCUUGGUCGGCUACGAGAUGAUGGCCGAGCCACAGAGGGAUAUCACGCCAGAACAAGCUACUGCCAGGUUGCAAGCUUGCGGUGGAGAGCUCUACAGAAAGAAAUUGCAAGGUGAUGGAGACAAAGUGCAGAAUCCUCCUGCACCAGAGAAGCCGGAGCCUUGAUAUAUUAUUCUUCGUCCAUAUUCUUCCGUUGUGUGUACAGUUCUUAUUUGACAUAGAAGUCAUACUGAGCGACACUCCAUACCAAGCCAAACAGCGAGACACUGACAGGGGCCAACCAAGGACCCCAAGGUCGACUUGUUUUGUACACAAAUGCCUCCAUGCUGAAAUGGACCAGACCGACAAGAUUGGUUAACAUCUGCAUCUGAAACCAGGACGCCUCGUUGAUGUGGUAUGCAGCGAAGAUCCUCACGAGGCCUACAGCGAAGGUCCAAGUUCCGAAAGUUCUCGAGGACAAGGGCGUCGCAGUAGACGUCUCAUGAGCAGGUCUUUUGGCCUUGCCCGGUUCGGGGUGGCCAGAGUAGAGGCGCUGAGUGUAGGAUAUGGUGUUGUAGCAUUGCACGGCAUUCCCAAGGGCAGUCACCCCCACCUGGGUAUAUAUUAGCAUGUGUUGUGAAGAGAUGGGUGUGUGGCUGUACAAAGAGAAUAUACAGAGGCAGAUAGCCUUCUGAUUGAGGGAGCAUGGACGCCAUUGUAGUAGGUGAAAGUCGGUAGUGUGCGUUUCUCGCAAGUCAAUUCUUCAC